AUGACCCUCGGCAUGGCCGCGACCCAGCGCACAGAGGGCUUAUUCGGGAUUGCUAAACGAGCUGGAGUAGAGAAAAAUCUUUCCCUGUGCGCUCUUUGGGAGAAGCUUCAAAGUGUGAACAAGUCUCUGGAGUUGACCCAUGUCGCCAUCAGCGAAGGCCAUGAUGUGUCCACAACAACUUUGCUCCGAUGUCGAAUGAAGUUGGGAACGCCAGCUAUUGCAGCAGUGAGGCCAUUCCAGGUUGCGCACCUGGAUAAGUUUUUCGGCCCCGUGAUAGUGGAGCUCGAGCGCGUUGGCGCUAGCGAGUUCUGCCAACGGGAUGUUAGAGACGAGCUAGGAGGUUCGCAGUCGUAUGAUGUGGAGAUCAUAGCUUCUGGCGCCGCGGGUAACGACAGCAGCCCGCUUCCCCUUGGCGACGACCGCCUUCGUCAAGCUGUCCACGGCGCUCAGCAGAACCGCAACGCGUUCCAGGAAGCGCCACCUCUAAUUGACCUGGAACAAGACGGCAAGCACGGAUCGUACACCCAGACGACAGAGGGCACGACUCCUUGGGCGCGUACGUCGUCGUCAACGUUCUUGGAGCUCCUCGGCAACGUGCCCAUCCACCUUGCCGUUCUCGUUCGGUACCAGCUCACGCGCACCAAACAAAGCCACAUCAUUGUGUUCGGGCCUAACAACUUCCACUUGUGCUCCUGCUUGAAGCUUUUACGUCUUGGACUACCCUGCAGGCACUACUUCGCCGCGCUACUUCGCUUUCUCGGCGGCGUGUAUCGGGGAAUUAGGCACGACUUCCACGGUAGUUCCGUGCACAACCGUUGGAGGAAGUCGCCAGGUGGCAACGACGACCCGUGGAGCGUUUCUAGUGUCCUGCAACAGGCUGGACUCGGAAAGGGCUGGGACGGCAGGGACGAGGGACUGGACGACAACUACGAAGGACCCACGUUCGACGACGAUUACGGUGGAGAAGGUGUUCACCCCGCAGAACGUGAAGGGCGAGCCACAGAGCGAAAAGCGUGCGACCAACGNGUGAAGAAGGUGUUCACCUCGCAGAACGUGAAGGGCGAGCCACAGAGCGAAAAGCGUGCGACCAACGCCGAGUGUUCGCGACUAUGA